ACUUGUGUCUAGCGGCACCGCUAGCUUGGUAACCCGGAGGGAGAGAUUGGAAACCGCGGAGUUUCCGUGUGGAAUCUGCGGCUAGCAGGGACUGACUUGCUAUGUUGGGCUCCGGAGGGCGUUAAGAGCCGAGAGAGAGAUGAAGUGUCUCUGAAGCCCGGUCGCCUGGACCAUGAAGAGGAUUUUUAGUAAGAAGGGCGACUCGCCCUUGGGUUCCUUCGCGCGGCGGCGGAGGAGCAACUCGGGCGGCGGGGGCGAGCCCGGGGACGGCGCCUACUCGCAGCCCGGGUACCCUGUCCGAGACCGAGAUCUCGGCAAGAUACACAAAGCCGCCAGCGCGGGCAAUGUGGCGAAAGUGCAGCAGAUUCUUCUGCUCAGGAAGAAUGGCUUGAAUGAUAGAGACAAGAUGAACAGGACAGCUCUGCAUUUGGCCUGUGCAAGUGGUCAUCCAGAAGUAGUAACUCUCCUGGUGGACAGAAAAUGCCAGCUCAAUGUCUGUGACAAUGAAAACAGGACAGCUCUGAUGAAGGCUGUCCAAUGCCAGGAAGAGGAAUGUGCAACUAUUCUGCUAGAACAUGGGGCUGAUCCAAAUCUUGCUGAUGUCCAUGGCAACACUGCUCUCCACUAUGCGGUCUAUAAUGAGGACAUGUCAGUAGCAACAAAGCUGCUUUUACAUGAUGCAAAUAUCGAAGCAAGAAACAAGGAUGACCUCACGCCACUUUUACUUGCAGUAAGUGGAAAAAAGCAGCAAAUGGUGGAAUUUUUAAUAAAGAAAAAAGCAAAUGCAAGUGGAGUGGAUAGAUUGGAAAGCAGUCACCACCUAAUUUCAGAAUGCAAAGAAGAAAGGAUACCUAAAAAUUCUUCUCAAAAUAGUGAUUCAGUGGAUGAGAGCUCUGAAGAUUCCUUAAGCAGGCUUUCUGGCAAACCAGGUAUUGACGAUUCAUGGCCUACCUCAGAUGAUGAAGACGUCAAUUUUGAUACCAAGAAUGUCCCAAAACCAAGCUUAGCAAAGCUGAUGACUGCUUCUCAGCAAUCCAAGAAAAAUUUAGAAGCAACAUAUGGCAUUGUGAGAACAGGAAAUAGAACUUCUUUUGAGGAUAGAGAUUCCGAUAGUCAAGAUGAAGUUGUGAUUGAAAGCCUUCCUACAACAUCAAUCCAAGUCCAAGGUUUUUCUCAUCCUACCUAUCCAUCACCUGACCCUCUUCCGAAACCUUUCCACAAGUCGUUAGCAAACCCUGGUCUUACAGAGGAAGGAGCAACAAAGCCAGCCACUGGAAAAAAAGAAAAUGGUAUUGAUAUUACUGAAAGUCCUCCACUGGAGCAAACAGAUAAUGACAAUUUGACUUAUGUUGAUGAAGUGCCCAAAAAUAAUAGAAGUGAUAUGAUGUCUGCAUUAGGAUUAGGACAAGAGGAAGACAUAGAAUCACCUUGGGAUUCUGAGAGUAUCUCUGAGAAUUUUCCACAGAAGUAUGUUGAUCCUUUAGCUGGGGCUGCAGAUCGAAAAGAAAAAAAUAUAGGCAAUGAACAAGCAGAAGGUAUGUUUUAUAUACCUUCUUGUAUGAGUGGAUCAAGAAACUUUAAGAUGGCUAAACUAGAGGAUACAAGAAAUGUAGGCAUGCCAGUAGCCCCCAUGGAGUCUCCUGAGAGAUAUCGUCACUUGAAGCCUACCAUUGAAAUGCAAGAUUCUGUUCCAAAUAAAGCAGGAGGAAUGAAGAAUGUACAAACAUCCAAAGCAGCUGAACAUGACUUAGAAGUAACAUCAGAAGAAGAGCAAGAAAGGAAAGGAAGUGAAAAUAAACAGUCACAGGAAAUCAGUAAAUACUAUGGAAUUUUUAAAUCUACUAUUAAUGAACCUUAUGUUGAAGAAGAAAGGAAGAAAUACAGAAAUAAUGAAAUGGAAGUAUCAGCAAACAUAUAUGAUAGUGCUACUGAUGAUGAAGAUGAUGAAGAUGUUGAUGAUGAUGACAGAUUAAUUCAAGAAAGAAGGAGUGGAAAAACUGAUCAUCAACAAUUUCCUAGGAAGGAAAAUAAAGAGUAUGUUAGUAGUGGUCCUGCCUUGCAAAUGAAGGAAGUAAAGAAAGGAAAACCUACCUCAAAAGAAUCUGUGAAUUCACUGGUGUUUGAGAAGGCCAGCUUACUAACUGGUGGCCUGCUACAAGUGGAUGAUGACAGCAGUUUAAGUGAAAUAGAUGAGGAUGAAGGAAGGCCCACUAAGAAAACAUCUAAUGAAAAGAACAAGGUCAAAAACCAAAUACAGUCUAUGGAUGAUGUUGAUGAUUUAACUCAGUCAUCUGAAACAGCCUCAGAGGAUUGUGAACUGCCCCACUCUAAUUACAAGAAUUUUAUGUUGCUCAUUGAACAACUUGGAAUGGAGUGUAAAGAUUCUGUUACCCUAUUGAAAAUCCAUGAUGCAGCUCUUUCAUGUGAAAGAUUAUUAGAACUUAAAAAAAAUCACUGUGAACUACUUAGAGUAAAAACUAAAAAAAUGGAAGAUAAGGUUAAUGUACUACAGAAGGAGCUAUCUGAAACAAAAGAAAUAAAAUCACAGUUAGAGCAUCAAAAAGUUGAAUGGGAACGAGAACUGUGCUCUUUAAGAUUUAGCUUAAACCAAGAAGAAGAGAAGAGAAGAAAUGCUGAUAUGUUGUAUGAAAAAAUUAGGGAACAGUUAAGAGGGAAAGAAGAACAAUAUAGGAAAGAAGUUGAAGUGAAACAACAACUUGAACUGACUCUCCAAACACUGGAGAUGGAAUUAAGGACUGUAAAAAGUAAUUUGAAUCAGGUCGUACAAGAGCGAAAUGACACUCAGAGGCAACUUUCUCGAGAACAGAAUGCCAGAGUGUUACAAGAUGGAAUUCUGACCAAUCACCUUUCCAAACAAAAGGAGAUUGAAAUGACUCAAAAGAAAAUGAAUUCUGAGAAUUCUCAUAGUCAUGAAGAAGAAAAAGACCUAUUGCAUAAAAAUAGUGUGUUACAGGAAGAAAUUGCUAUGCUAAGACUAGAAAUAGACACAAUAAAAAAUCAAAACCAGGAAAAAGAAAAGAAAUGUUUUGAGGACAUUGAAAUUGCAAAAGAAAAGAAUGAAGACCUUCAGAAGACUAUAAAACAGAAUGAGGAAACAUUAACACAAACAAUAUCCCAGUAUAAUGGACGACUUAAUGUUCUGACAGCAGAGAAUGCAAUGCUAAAUUCUAAACUGGAGAAUGAAAAGCAAAGCAAGGACAGACUGGAAACAGAAGUUGAAUCAUACCGUGCUAGACUGGCUGCUGCUAUACAUGAUCGUGAUCAAAGUGAGACAUCAAAAAGAGACCUAGAACUUGCUUUCCAGAGAGCAAGAGAUGAGUGGUCUCGUUUACAGGACAGAAUGAAUUUUGAUGUGUCUAACCUAAAAGAUAACAAUGAGAUUCUUUCUCAACAACUUUCUAAAACUGAAAGUAAACUCAAUAGCCUAGAAAUUGAGCUGCAUCACGCGAGAAAUGCCCUCAGAGAAAAGACUUUGGGUUUAGAACGGGUACAAACAGACUUAAGCCAAACACAGUGUCAGAUGAAGGAAAUGGAACAAAAGUAUCAAAAUGAACAAGUUAAAGUGAAUAAAUACAUUGGAAAGCAGGAGUCUGUAGAGGAGAGAUUGUCUCAACUACAAAGUGAGAAUAUGUUGCUUCAACAACAACUGGAAGAUGCCCACAACAAGGCUGACAAUAAAGAGAAGACAGUGAUUAAUAUCCAAGAGCAGUUUCAUGCUAUUGUGCAGAAACUGCAAGCUGAGAGCGAAAAGCAAAGUCUUCUGCUAGAAGAAAGAAAUAAGGAGUUAAUCAGUGAAUGUAAUCACCUAAAAGAAAGACAGUAUCAAUAUGAAAAUGAAAAGGCAGAAAGAGAAGUUUUUGUGAGACAGCUUCAACAAGAACUGGCUGAUACCCUAAAAAAACAGUCUAUGUCAGAGGCUUCACUGGAGGUUACAUCACGUUAUCGUAUUAAUUUAGAAGAUGAGACACAGGAUUUAAAGAAGAAAUUGGGUCAAAUCAGAAAUCAAUUGCAGGAAGCACAGGAGCAACAUACAGAAGCUGUCAGAUGUGUUGAGAAGAUGCAAGAUCACAAGCAAAAGCUUGAAAAAGAUAAUGCCAAGUUAAAAGUUACAAUCAAAAAGCAAAUGGACAAAAUUGAAGAGCUUCAGAAAAACCUGUUAAAUGCAAAUUUGUCUGAGGAUGAAAGAGAACAAUUAAAGAAACUUACGGAAUUAAAACAGUCUCUGGAAUGUAAUUUGGAUCAAGAAAUGAAAAAAAAUGUUGAAUUAGAAAGAGAGAUAACUAGAUUUAAGAACCUCUUAAAAAUGACAAGAAAGAAGUUAAAUGAAUAUGAAAAUGGAGAGUUUAAUUUCCAUGGAGAUUUAAAAACUAGUCCGUUUGAAAUGGAUAUUCAGAUUAAUAAGCUAAAACAUAAGAUUGAUGAUCUGACAGCAGAACUGGAGACUGCAGGUUCAAAAUGUCUGCAUCUGGAUACAAAGAAUCAAGUUCUUCAGCAGGAGUUGUUAUCUAUGAAAACAAUACAGAAGAAAUGUGAAAAACUACAGAAGAAUAAAGAGAAGUUGGAACAAGAAGUGAUAAACCUCAGAAGUCAUAUAGAAAGGAAUAUGGUAGAAUGUGGUCAAGUCAAACAGUAUAAACAGGAGAUUGAAGAAAGAGCAAGACAGGAAAUAGUAGAAAAAUUAAAAGAAGUCAAUCUCUUUUUACAGGCACAAGCAGCAUCUCAAGAAAACUUAGAACAGUUAAGAGAGAAUAAUUUUGCUUCAAUGAAAAGUCAAAUGGAACUCAGAAUUAAAGAUCUGGAAUCUGAACUCUCCAAAAUGAAAACUUCUCAAGAAGACUUUAAUAAAACUGAACUGGAAAAAUAUAAACAACUCUAUCUAGAAGAAUUAAAAGUUAGAAAAUCCUUGUCAAAAAAACUAAACAAAACUAAUGAGAGGCUAGCAGAGGUCAACACCAAACUUCUUGUGGAAAAACAGCAGACCAGAUCUUUAUUCACCACUCUCACUACCAGGCCAGUCCUGGAGUUUCCUUGUGUUAGAAAUCUUAAUGAUAGCUUAGAUCUGAACAGAAAACUUAUUCCAAGAGAAAACUUACUGAUCUCUACCUCAAAUCCACGGACUUCAAAUAAUAGCAUGGAGAAAUACUUGACCAAGAUGCAGCAGGAGUUGGAAAAAAAUAUAACUAGAGAACUUGAAGGAGUUGCUGCUGAAUUGGAAUCUGGAUCAGUGUCUUCUCCUCUAGGAUCAACUGCUGAGUCAAUUCUAAAUCAAGAUCUAGUUUGGAAAGCAUCAAGAGAGUAUGUACAGGUUUUAAAGAAAAAUUAUAUGAUCUGAAGGAUAAAAUUUUGUUACUGGGCUGUUUUUUCUCAUUAGAUAUUAAUAUAUGACAUGAAA